UGCUCAGUAGUUGUUGGAAAGGUUAUAAAUUUGAUGGAGUGCUUAACUAUAGCUGUUAACAUCUGCUUGAGAAUUCUUGAAAAACUUGAACAAUGAUUCCUAUCACCCUUGAUACUGAUGGUUGGAAAUUGUCUAUAGCUAGAAAGUUUAAAACUGCAGAGUUCUUUACCGAUCUGAAGAUACCAACCGUCCUAGCCCAUGAAAAUUGUCUGCUGAUCCUUAACUUCUAAAGAGAAAGAACAAUGGAUGUCAAAUAUGCGACCUCUGUUAUAUGGAUGAUUAUUGUACAGCUUCCUCUGCAUCUUUCAUUUGUACAUAAGAAAGAUCUGCUUCCUCACCCGGCAAAUCUCACAUUACAAAUCCUAAACAGAAGUUUGCAGUUAUCCUGGGAUUGCAAUGCUCUAAAGGAAUUAUCAAAUAUCACUGAAUUUUGGAUAUCAGUAAAAGCUCCCCAUGAGAAAAAUUUUACGCCUUUGCAGGAGGUAAAGUGCUCUGCUGGAGAGACAAAGCUGGAACUCCAAACACAUGUCACACUUAAAGUAGACAUACAGAUCAAUGAAAAAACUACACAUUUUACAAGAGAGAUUGUGGUCAUACCUGAAGGGAUGGAAGAAACAGCAGCAAGCAAUGCUACCUGUGAAUUAUAUGUUACUUCAAUGAGAUGCUAUUGGAAUUUUGGCAAAAAUGCACCAGAUGACACAAAUUACACACUCCUGUUAAUACAAAAUAACUCAGAGCUACAGUGCCAACAUUACGAGAAUGAUCAACAAAGAAGAACUGGAAAGUGUGAAAUUCCUGAUUUGAAAAUUAAUGAGGCUGAAAUGUCCACCAUUUUAUUGGAGGGGAACAAUAAAAAAGACAUACAAAUAUAUGCCAAACGCUUUGAGCCGUUGUCCAAAGAAGUUUUCCAACCGCCAACGAAUAUUAGUUUGAUAUUUACAAAAAAUGAGGUCGAAUUCUACUGGUCACAGCCUAAGACUUUUUAUACAGCUGCAAACCAUUGCUUUAAAUACCAAAUGCAAGACUCGCGUGGAAAUAUAGAACCUGAUAUUGAUGCUAAAUAUACAUAUAAAAAAGAUAUAUCUAGCUUUCAAGAAGAAUGUCCUUUGCGUAUGAGAGCUAGAGGAAAAGAUACAUGUUACAUGGAUACUAACUGGGGUGAAUGGAGCGAGGAACUCAAAUGUGGACCUGUACCACCCUCCUCAGCAAUCAAUAUCAUAACCUACACAGCUAUAGCAGCAGCUGUCAUAAUAGCUUGUCUGGUUCUUCUUUUACUGUGUAUGAGGAGUUGCAAAUUAUUAUUUCCAGCAAUUCCACACCCAAGGAAAUACUCCUUGAAACCUACCAAUCAAGAAAAAGAAUUGGACAAUGAAAACCUUAAGUGUAAGCAGAUGAUUCCAAUACUGGAAAGUGAGGAACCGGAUGUAAUAUGUUUGGAAAACUAGCAAAAUCGAUGGAAAGAAGAACAUCUAAUAUAUCCUAUAACAUCUGCCUGCCAGCUAUUGGGCUUUAUUCACUUAACGGUGACAAAAUGAGAUGGACAAAUAUGCCUCAAGAAAAAUAACGAAGAUAAAAUAAUGACAUAUUAUUUCCCUCAGGACAAUGAAAACCUUAAGUGUAAGCAGAUGAUUCCAAUACUGGAAAGUGAGGAACCGGAUGUAAUAUGUUUGGAAAACUAGCAAAAUCGAUGGAAAGAAGAACAUCUAAUAUAUCCUAUAACAUCUGCCUGCCAGCUAUAGGGCUUUAUUCACUUAACGGUGACAAAAUGAGAUGGACAAAUAUGCCUCAAGAGAUAUGGCUUAAUUUAAUAUGCUUUUGUGCUAAUCAUUUUAGGAUCUAAUGAACUGCAUCUCCAAAGUCGCUCUGUGUUGAUGUGGUCAGGAGGAGACUGUGAUGGCCUCUCCCAAACCUUCACUUUUUCAGCUUCAUUUAAUGAAGGGUCAACAUUAUCAUAUUGGAAAGUCCAAUCUCACCCUAUGCGCAGAAGUAACACUUUACAGGCAUUAAAUGUGCAUGCUUCCUGA